AUGAGUUUUCAUAGAUCAAAGCACAAAGAAAGCGAAGAACAAGAGACCUAUCAGAGAAAUGAAGUCGAUAGAUCCCAAAUAUGCAUGAGAUGCGGAAUGAUUGGGCACUCAACAAUCAAUUGUAAAAGCAAAUUACCUUCAAUUAAAGAUUUAAAGGCUGAAAUGAAUUCAAGAAUGCUUACGAAUGUUAGAAAUGCACCAAAAGAGUGGAAAGAAGAUGAAUUUGGUUUAUAUUUACCAGCAGAACCACGAAUAGUAGAGAUAAAGCAAACGUGGAAAGAAGGUAAGUUCUGUUUUAACUGUGCUGCAUUUGGUCAUGAUAUUGAUGAAUGUCCAAAUCCUCCUUUUAAAACAGUAUAUGGUUUAUUUGAGCCAUAUCUUGCUGAUAAUUCAUCAAAAGCUAACUUAGAAAAGCAAAGAAUCAUUGGUGCAAUACAUAAAUUCAAUCAAAACUCUCAAUCUAAGAAUCAAGAAACUACAGAAUAG